AUUUUAUAAUGUUUUUGGUGCACACAAGAUCGUUUAGGUCAGUGUACCCUGUCCUUCUAGGUCCACAACCCAUUAGCUUUAUUAUUCCAUGCCUUCUUCUCACGCCAUAAACCCCACAAGAACACUCUUUCUUAAGCCCUUAUGCAUGGUGGUGGCCCUUUAAAUCCCAUCAAUUCCUUCUCCUUUUUCUUAUCAUCCAAACACUGCCUGCCUAAAGCUUCAUGCUUUCUCUUCCAUCAUGCCCUUCAUUUUUCUAUUUUCAUUCCCCUCUCAAUCAUAGGUAACCAGAAGAGAAAAAAGAAAAAAAAAAAAAAAACAAUGGAUGAAACUAACUUUCUCUUGGAGUUGAAGUUCGUUUCUUCCUUGUGCCUUCAUAACUUCUUCAACCUUCUAUGUGAACAAACAGUGUCCUUUCUGUCCGUGUUCUCUUCGGAUCCCCUGUUUCAUUGCGUCGUCACGUUUUGUACCUUGGUUUUCCUCUACUUGCCGAACCUUUUCUUGAAGGUAGUGUUAUCGCCGGUUCUCAUUCUCACUUCGAUUCUCCUUCUCUCCAUUCUCCGCCUCGGUGCAAUUCAGAAGUCACGACACGAUACGAGGGAAAAUCAAAGGAAGCACGACGAACCAUCCAUCAUUUAUGAAGAAAACAGAGGAAGAAAAUGCAGGGGAGAGAAACAGAGUUCGACCCCGAUCCAACCCAACGAAACAGAGACGACAGAACAAGUGCACCAACGGGUUCAUUCGGAAACAGAGGCCGAUUUCGACGUGGGUUUUGAGCCAAGUUCGUGUUUUAAGGAGUGGAACGUGAAAGCGCCGUUGGAGGUGAUAUACGAGGAGUAUGGUGAAGGUGAAGAAGCAGGUGAUGAUGCAAACGAGAACGUGGGUUUUGUAAGGUACCCUUCGUUGUCGCGGUUUUACCCAGAAUCGGAUUCGGAUAGCGAAUCGGAUAGUGAUUUUCCGGCGAUCGGAGAUUGGGACUCGCCGGAGGACGUUGAGUUCAGGUGGGGCCAAGAAGGAGAAGAAGAGGAGGAAGAAGAAGACAGAGAAGGGUUGAUUGAGAUAGCACUUGAUGGAUUCAAGAGGAAGAGGGGCAUGGAGUUUCAUUUCGAUGAAGAGAAUUUGAUUGAGAUUGAUAUUUCUCCGUCAAGGUACAGAGAACUUUCCGGCGAUGACGAAGUGUUUUCCGCCAAAUUUGCAGGUAUUCAACUGUUCAAGCAUGAAACUCCUCCCUCUAAUUGAAGUGUUUUGCAUGUUGAUGAAGUGGAUUUGUAGAAAAGUUUAUGAGCAUGUAUAUAGCAAAUUAAGGUAGCAUUGUGGUAUGAAAUCAAUGCAUUAAAAAUGGUAAUUUUCUGUUUUGUGAGUUUAACUUAUCUCUAUGAAGCUCCAUCUCAUCUCUAUAUAAGUUCAUCUGAACUGUACCAUGAGUGAGUAAAACUCAAAGCUA